CUGGUCCCCUGAGUGAGGCCAGCUUGGAGGAAUUUCCCAAAGCCUAUUAGAGCAACGGCCGCCUCCUGCCUGCCUCCUUGGGCUGGGCAGGGCUGAGGGCGGAGGGAGAGAGGGAGGGGGGCAGAGGAGGAAGGAAAAAGUUGGCAGGCCGACAGCAGAGCCGAGUCUGCAUCCAUCCAGAGGAGGCCCGUGUGGUGUGGGGCGGGCCAGGAGUGAAGAGAGGCCUUCCUCCCUUUGUGCUCCCCCCGCCCCCCUGCCCCUAUAAAUAGGCCCAGCCCAGGCUGUGGCUCAGCUCUCAGAGGGAGUUGAGCACCCGGCAGCGGUCUCAGGGCAAGCCCCCUGCCAGCAUGGCCAGUGAGUUCAAGAAGAAGCUCUUCUGGAGGGCAGUGGUGGCCGAGUUCCUGGCCAUGACCCUCUUUAUCUUCAUCAGUAUCGGUUCUGCCCUGGGCUUCAAAUACCCAGUGGGGAACAACCAGACGGCAGUCCAGGACAAUGUGAAGGUGUCGCUGGCCUUCGGACUGAGCAUUGCCACGUUGGCGCAGAGCGUGGGCCACAUCAGCGGUGCCCACCUCAACCCAGCCGUCACGCUGGGGCUGCUGCUCAGCUGCCAGAUCAGCAUUCUCCGUGCCCUCAUGUACAUCAUUGCCCAAUGUGUGGGGGCCAUCGUCGCCACCGCCAUCCUCUCCGGCAUCACCUCCUCCCUGCCUGGGAACUCGCUUGGCCGCAAUGACCUGGCUGAUGGCGUGAACUCGGGCCAGGGCCUGGGCAUCGAGAUCAUCGGGACCCUGCAGCUGGUGCUGUGCGUCCUGGCCACUACCGACCGGAGACGCCGUGACCUUGGUGGCUCAGCCCCCCUCGCCAUCGGCCUCUCUGUAGCCCUCGGACACCUCCUGGCUAUUGACUACACCGGCUGUGGGAUUAACCCUGCGCGGUCCUUCGGCUCUGCGGUGAUCACACACAACUUCAGCAACCACUGGAUUUUCUGGGUGGGGCCGUUCAUUGGGGGAGCCCUGGCUGUCCUCAUCUACGACUUCAUCCUGGCCCCGCGCAGCAGUGACCUCACAGACCGCGUGAAGGUGUGGACCAGCGGCCAGGUGGAGGAGUACGACCUGGAUGCCGACGACAUCAACUCCAGGGUGGAGAUGAAGCCCAAAUAGAAGGGGUCUACCCCGGGCAUCCACGUAGAGGGCAGGGGCAGGGGCGGGCGGAGGGAGGGGAGGGGUGAAAUCCAUAUUGUAGACACUCUGACAAGCUGGCCAAACUCACUUCCCCGAGAUCUGCCAGACCUGCACGGUCAAGCCUCAUUUGGGGGUGUUUCUAUCACUUUCUUUCUCUUUCUGUUUUCUGGCCUCAGAGCUUCCUGGGGACCAAGAUUUACCAAUUCACCCACUCCCCUGAAAUCGUGGAGAAGGUGAAAGAGAGGGACCCACCUGCUAGUCACCUCUCAGAGUGGGAUGGGAGGUGUGCCAGAAAGUCCCCCCCUCGUUCCAAAGUUGCUCAUCGACCCACCUGCGUAGGUGCCUGGGAUUCUACUGUAAUUGCUUAGUGUGUUUGGGCACGGCCCUCCUCCUCCUAACCUGCACCUUGCUCCCAAUGGUGCUUGGAGGGGGAAGAGAUCCCAGGAGGUGCAGGGGAGGGGCAAGCUUUGUUCCUUCAGUUCUGCUUGCUCCCAGGCCCCCGCCCGCUCAGACUUACUGCCUGACCUUGGAAUCAUCCCUGUCUCAGGGCCUCAGCGACCUCCUUCUACAGAGUGGCAGGGACAGGGAGAGCUAUACGGACCUGCAGCCCUGAGUGCAGACACAGCACAGGUCCAGAAAACGUGGUCUAGACCAGGGCUGCUCCUUCCACUCGCCAGGGGCAUGGCUAUCGCCACACGCCUCUGUGUACAUGUGUGCAGAGCAGGCAGGCUACAAAGCAGAGAUGGACAGACAGCCAGGCAGUUGGAACUUUCUCUUCCCUGUGGAGGGUGUUCCCAAGACAGGGCCUGCUGUUGCAGAAUGAAGCCGUUUAGAGGGUGAAGGAGAAAUACCCAUGUUACUUCUCUGAGUUUGAGUUGGUCUUUCCAUCUGUCACUGCAUUAUCUUGCUCAUCCUUUCAGUUCUCUACCCCCUCGUCAGUGUAGACACAGGUCACCAUUAUGCUGGUAUAUGUCUAUCAAAGAGCACUUGGGCUCGCUGAAGGCCAAAGCCUGAGGACAGAAUGACCCUGAUGCAGGUCAGCCCAUGGAGGCUGGGCAUGGCCCUCCUGGGGCUCAGGGUUUUUUUUUUUUUUCCAAGCCCUCAGCUGGUCCUGAGCGGAUGGAGCAAGUCCUGCUCUUGUUCACGAGCUCCUGGUUGGAGGCAUUUGAGCAGCUGAGUAACCUGCACAGUUUUGCUGCGUGACCCCUGGCCACAGCCUUCCUUCCGCAUUGACCUGGAGGGGAGAGGUCAGCCUUGACCUGAUGAGGCAGCUACAGCUGCAGCCCAAGGACAGUUCGGAGAUAAGAAUCAGCUCUGAAGGCUGAGUUCUUCCACUCAUCUAUCUACAUAAGUCCAUUCAAUUCCACCAGGGCCAGAGCAGCUCCACCACUGUGCACUUAGCCAUGAUGGCCACAGAAACAAAGAGACACAAUUACGCAGAUAUUUCGAAGCCGAGGGACAACCAGGAGGCCCUUAGCUGUCACCAGCACAUCACAUCCGCACACUCUUCUCUGUUCCCUAGCAGGAACUUCUAGCCCAUUUAACAGAUAAAGAAACUGAGGCCCUCCGUUUCAGCUAGAUAAUGAUUUAGCCAGCCCUAGCAACCAAGGCCCUGGCUGUGGCUACUUCCUGGACCACGAGGCUCAUUCCUCUCAUUUCCAGCUUCUCAGUUUCUGCCUGGGCAAUGGCCAGGGGCCAGGAGUGGGGAGGGUGGUGAUGGAGGAGAGGGGCACACCCACCCCCAGCCUGGUUCUACGCUGCUGCGCACCAGGGCCCUGCGUCUGCCUGCUCUGCAUAAUUGUCUCUUUGGAGCUGGAAUUUCAUUAUAUGUUAAUAAAGGAAAAUGACUUGUAAGGUC